GUAUCAUUAAUUAACAAAAAUGAUUUUUUUUAUUCGUAACAUUAUUUUUAUAUCAUUUAUAGGAGUGAUUAUUUGUUCUCAAGCACCUCAACACUUAAUACGAAAAUCGGCACAAUUAUCCGCUCCAGCUUCUGUCGACGCAUCUCCCGUUGUUAGUGCUGUUCUUUUGGAGUGCCCGAAGGAAGCGAAACUUAAGUCAUCGAAACGUGCUCCUUGCGAAGAUCAAUUAAUGGUUAAUAUACGUGUUAAUCCUAGUUUCCAUAUAGAAAAAAUGGAAAAAUUUUUAAUAUUAGAUGAAGUUUACGAUCCGAAGCGGCAUUGUAAAGCAAAGAUUAUGUCUCCAUAUCUUAUUGAGAUUAGUCGGGGUGAACCAGUUAUGAUGUAUCCAUUAGAGUUUUCUAAGUCAAUGAAAUGUGAGGGUUGUGAAGCAAAACCAGCUAGUUUAAUAUCAGAGAAACCAGGUCCUCGAAGUAUUCAUCUAAAUGAGGAUUUAAGUCAGUUGAGCCCUGAGCAAGAAUCAUUUAAUAGGGUGAUAGAGAAGAUAUCAUCCGUAUUUUCUCCAGCAGUUAGAAGGAAUAUGGAUGAGAGUUUAGAGUCCAGUCAAUUACGUAAUGAUAUGUCUUUUAAUGAUCCAACUGCACGCGAUCAAUCCAUUAAGAAAAGAACGCAUACAAAUAUGGAAACAAAUCAUAGAACACAGCAAGAUAAUAAGAUUGACGCAGUUGAUAAAGAGUCUAUUCGACCCAUAAAAUCAGGUUUAGGUCGCUUUUCGUCUGAUAUUAAAGCAACAGCUAAAUUUAAAAAUGAUUUCUUGCGUAAUGCGGACGAUCAUGAAUCGUUGGCAAAUGUUGGUGUAGAUGAAAAAUUUGUUAGUAAAUUGGAAGACGGUGGAAAAUUAGCACAACUAGGACUUGUUAAACCGUCCCGUGAUUCACAACUAACAAAUGUCAAACUUAUUGGAAAAAAUGAUUUUGUGAAUAUAGUUGACAAUAUUAAUAGCGUUGAGGAGGGUAAGUUACAAAAAGAUAAUGAAAUUGAAGGUAAAAUUGAAUCGUCUGAAAAUGGUUAUGUGCGACCAUUGCGAAGUAAAAAUGUUCCUCUUGACCAGCAAACAGAAAAUAAAUUAUAUCCUCAAAUAAAUUUAAAUGAAAAUUCAAACGAAAUUAAAGGCAUUGAAGAUAUUUUAGGUUUGCAGCAACAGGACAUGAACUCAGUUACUGGAUUUCAUGAGGAGUCAGACGAAUUCAAUAAUGAACUUAAUCCUUUAAAUUACGCAGAACAUAAUCCAAUCAAACAAUUAAAAGUAAUGCGUGGUGAGGGAACUAACGAGUUCAAUAAUGAAUUCCGACCAUUCAGUUAUGCAGAACAUAGUCCAGUAAAACUAAAGAAAUAUAGACAUGAUGAUGAUUCAAAUGAGUUUAGUAAUGAAUUACGUUCUGAAAGCUCUGCUCAGCAUAAUCCAGUUAAACGGAAAAAAGGUAGACGUGAUGAAGAUUCGGAUGAAGUAAAUAAUGGAUUAAGUCCUAUUAAUAACAUCGAACAUAAUUCGAUAAAACGAAUAAAAGGGGCACAUACUGACUAUCCUGAAGAAUUUAAUAGAGAUUCACAUCCUGCAAGUUACGCUCCACAUAAUACCGUCAAACGAAAGAAAGUUACCCGUGCUAAGAAAAGACACAAGGUAAAGCACCGACUAAAACCAGAAAACAAAAUUGAAAACAGUGAAUCCGUUGAGAAUGAAGACUAUAAAGAUGAAAGUUAUGAUGAAGGUAAUCAAAUGGAAAGAAAGUUAAAGAUACCAGUAAACUUUAAAAACUGUGAGUGCAAAACAAAAAUUGGUGUGAAGUCACAAGAUUAUGAUGCCGACGAUCAAAUAGGUGAGAAUGUGGAGCAUAAUUAUGAAGACAUACAAACUAAUCACAAAGACCAGAACAUGCGGGAAGCGAAUAAUGAGAAUAAAGACAAAACUCAGAACUUUAACCCCAAAAAUAAAAUCACCGACAAAAAUCACGAUAACAUGUAUGAAGAAAGUGAUCUUGACUCGGAAUAUGCUUACAAUGACUUCGAUGAAAGAGGAUCAGUUCCUGAUGCAGAAAACCAUCUAAUAUCUUUAAACAAAAGACAGGAAACUCAACAAAUUAGUGAUGACAAAUUAAAUGUUCCAGAAGAAGGCAAAGUUUUAAUGCAACGCAAUGCCGAUAAUGUAUUAACACCUCUUGAUUUUUAUGAAAACUCUUUGGGAAAAUUAACGUCUUACAGAGCAACUGAUAUUAUAUCGGAGCCAACCUCAGACGAUUUGAAAAUAAAUGAUUAUGACAUGUUAAAUGGGGAUACUCUCCAAGGUUUCAAUGGUAAAGCUGCAAAUGUUGGUCAAAAGAAAAAUUUUGGUUAUGUGGAAGUAAAGGCAUUGAACUUUGUGCCAAGUGCAGAGAAGACGUAUCCAAGAAACUCAAAAUAUAAUUUAAAUAGUAAAUAUGUUAGUGAGAAAAAACUAUCCAAUAAACAAGAUGUUCGAGAACAUCUGAGAGGCAAUAUACCUGUAAGGGGUUCAUAUACAGAACUAACGUUUAGUCAUAAACCUGGUUUAAAAAGUUCAACAACUUAUCAUCUUCCCAGUACAUUCUACAAUGAAAAGUAUGACAUGCCUAAUACAAAUCGUGAUUAUGUUUAUAACAAUCGCGAUCAGAGUUAUCUGAGUAAAGGAAUGGGUCUUGAUGCAUUUAAAUUUAUGGAUUCCUAUGACAACAAUGACAGGAAAGGUUUUUCAAAACUUAAACCAAUUAAAGGCAGUGGGUUUUAUGAUGAUGAUUUUUAUAUGAAUAAAGAUCUUAUGGAUUUUACAAACAGCAAAAAUGUGGAUAAUAAUGAGCCUCAGAUGACUGCAGUGAAGGAGGACCCAGAAUAUAAACCGGAUUAUGGCGCCAUACUAUCAUAUGGUGUUACUGUGCCAAAAUUUUUAGAAAAGGAAAAAGAAAAGCCUACAGGAAUGGGUUCCAAGUCAUUAUGGACUGAUUCAAAUCUGCCUUCUUGGGAACCACAAGUUAUGCGCGAUAUUGAUGAAUCUGGUGAAGGGUCAAAACUUAAAUCGCAGGAAACUGCUGAAUAUAAAGGGUCUUGGCAAGAUUCACCGUAUGAAUAUUCAAUGAAUAAAGCAGAUAACAUAAAAUAUUCCUACCCAAAGCGACCUCCAAUCUCAAGAAUUAUAACAGAUCCACAUUUAAGCUUUACGGACAAAAUGCGCAUAAUUGACACAAUAAGUCCACAAAAUACAAACGAGGAUCGCAAAAUGAAUCAGUUUUCUAGAGAAUUUGAUUAUACUGUCCCACAUAUGGCAACUCCGUACCCAAUCCCAAUACCUGAUUCUUGGAAAAUUCGACGUGAACACCCUAAAAAUAUGGAGAAGCGUAGUUAUUUAAUGUAUGAUGAUUUAGGAAUACAUGACACGCUUAAAGACAAUGAUUACAAUUUUGAUGAAAUGGAUCAGAAAGGCUUACAUUUAGGCAUGCAAAGACAUACUGAUGAGGACGUACAACCCUGUAAUUCAUGUGGUGGUAAAGGUAAAAAGCCACCAACAAAAACAGAUUCAACUACAUCGUUAGGUGAGCAAGAUUGUGGUUGUCAAAAAGAUCCUUCUGUGUGUUCAUGUGCGGAUAAAACAUUAAAGGGACCACGCUCAGUGUCAGACACUUGGUAUUCAGUAUUCAACAUGAGUGCGCCCUUGCCGUUCCUCACAACGAGUUUGAAAAUCUUUCGCAAGCGCCGCAACAUUUGGUGGAAGAUUGCACCAUCGAUAACCCUCAACAGCUUAUCAGGAAUCUUUGCCAACGCGAAUCUCUCGAUUUUGUUCUCGUCCCAUGUCGACAUAUUUCAACUUGAAAAAUCCUUAAAACUUAAAAAUCAUCAACUACUCAUUCCAAAAGAUAAUAAACCCUCACGCCGUAGUAUAAUAUCAAAUUUAGCAAAAAUCAACAGAAAUCCAAAUAUUAUCCUAGCUAUUGAUAAAAAGAGACGUGGAAGUCGGCAUGCUAUAAAAAAUAAAAAGGCAAAUCCCGUGGUAGAUGAUCAGAUUCUUUGUAGAAAAAUAAGAAGAAAAAUGCAUGCCGACUCCAUUAAUCAAUUGAACGCUUCCAAAAAUGUGCGAAAUACAGAAACAUCAAAUGACUGUGUCAAUAAAUCAAAAAACUUAUCAAGUAAAGAUGACAUUCAGACUAUUGGAGAUUUGGGUGUGUUCCCAGUGACAAUGAAUGUUCUAGAGCGGUGUCCACAUGAUAAAAAUCAUUUGUGUUUGAAUAUGUUAGAUGACAAAGUGCCUGCAUUCAACUUUAAAGUAAAAAUGCCAUUUCGCAAUAAUGAGGUGAUCCGUGAUAACUCAUAUAAAGUAAAGAUUGCUAAAAUUACUAGCGAUGCAACCACAAAAGAUGCAUUGCAAGUGUCUGUAGAUGUAAUUAAUGAAGGGCUUCGCACACAUGAGUUUUCAAUUGGUGUAAUGAAUUGUGAUCUUGGUGCCUGUUCUUCUAGUGUUAAAUCCACAGUAAACAAGCAUUUGUAUCCUAGAAUAGGCGAGACCAUUUCCUUCCUGCUGCCUUUGAUUUCAGAACCAAAUCAGAAACACAAAAAAUUUAAUUGUGAUGUUGUGGUGACGCCUUGUAAUGCACGAACAAAAAUGGACUCGGUAAAGCGACGUCGAAAAAUAAUUCCAAACCAACAUGCAACGAAGUAUAAGCCUAUUGCUAUUCGUCAAGUACAGAUUGAACCAGAUGCUCGAUGUUUUUGUGUGUGGGAUUGCCGUUGUCACUGUGUUCCAAAUAUAGAAACCCAUGUGGAUUAUCACGUCUGCCAGCGUAUGGAUCAUGAAGAAAAACUUUCUGCUGGCCUGUUACUGCAUGUGGAUCCAGAUGAUAAUGAAGAAAAUGUGUCACUCGGUGAUAAAGUGCGAACUUCGAAAACUGAAGGAGGAUUUAAUGCAGAGGAGGAAGAAAGCUCAGUUUGGAUCUAUGUUCGCAAUGCGAUUAUAUUGAUUUUACUUAUGAUUUUGUUAGGAUUAUUGAAAGCUUCUUUAGGAGUUUGCGUAAAACCCAUUGACAAAUGUGGUUAUGAUUGGAUUCAACCUGCAAAAGGAUAUGAAGAUUCUUCGAGAUGUCGGCGAUUUGUUAUAAAUACCUUCUUCUUCAUUCUAUUUCCUUUUCUGUGUUGGUGUCGUUGCUUUUCUCCCACUAAAGACGAACUGCUUUGUGCAAACUCUGAUUGGAAAGUUGAAGAAGAUGACAUGUUAAAUCAAAUGGACUCGGAAUGUAGAGAAACUUACCAUUCAGAUAAUGAUUCCAAAAAUUAUAAAAGGCGUCACAGAGGUACUUCAAACGAACGCCUAACUGGUGGAGAUGAAUCUAAUUUAACCCCUAGUUACUUAAAGGAAUUAAAGAAAGCAAUAAAUGAAGAAUCCAUGUUUGAUGAUGAAGAUGAUACAGAAGAAAAUUCAAGAUAUAUUUUAAAUGCAAUGAAAGAAAGUAGAGCAUAUUUGCAAAAAAUUUUGAGCUGUCACCCAAGCCCAGAUCCAGCACCAAAAAUAAUAUGCAAAGAAGCUGAUGAAUUAGUUAAAUCAUUAAUUGAUGCGCAAAAAGUAUAUCGUACAUUAAAUGAACCAAUAGGAAAUGUACAAAAUAUUCCAGUUGGUUACACCUAUUGUGUUCAAGGAUUGUUUCUAUAUGGUGAAAUGUAUGAAUUUCUAGCAUAUUCUCCUAUUAUUCAGUACCGAGGUUAUUCAGCAGAUGGGUCAAAAAUAGAAUCGCUUCCACGUCCAGUAAAUUUAUCGACAAGAGCUUUUACUUGUACUUAUGUCGACGAGAUGGAUAUUUUUAAAAAAGCUGAUCUCUCCGUAAAACCUCCACCGGAUGUACCAUGCAUUAAUAUGUCGACAAUCGCAAAUGUUGCAUCGUCUGUCGCAAGCUUAGCUUCUAAAGAUUCUUUUCAGUCGAAAAUUGAAAGUCUCAGUAAAAUCUUAGAGAAUACAAAGGAAGUAAGAAAUCUAACAAAACGAAACGAUGAAAAUUGUUUUUCAUUUAAAAGAAACCCUAGUUUUUCCACAAGUGACACCGAUUUUAAUAAUUCUGAUUAUACUAACUCAGAAACAUCUGAUGAAUCUAAUAGAUCUGACGAAUCCGAUAGAUUUGAUAGAUCUGACAGAUCAGAUAGGUCUGAUGGGUCGGACAAAUCUGAUGGAUCUAACACCUCUGAUAGUUCUGAUAGACUUGAUUUUGACACUAGUAGAUUUAGAUGUGAUACGAUUUAUGAAUAAUUCAUAUUCAAUGAUCGAUUUUACAUAUUAAUUUCUCAUAUGUUCAGUGUUACAUAGUUAGGAUAUGUAUAUAUUUUUACUGUUGUUUAAUUUGCAUAAAAGUUGU